GGAACCAAUUAGAGAGAGACAAGUAGGAGUGUGCAAAAACCGUUAUAACGGUUGAAAGUAAAACCUCUAUCCAACUGUCCAACGUCCUGAAGAGCAAACAUUCCCAAUUACACGCCUUUAAUUUCAUCCCUUUUCCUCUUCUGCAUCCCCAAUCUCAGCAAGUUAUCAUGCACCUGCAGAUGAUGAUUUGUUAUUGAUUAAACCUUUUAGCAUCAAAGAUUAUAAUUAUCAUAUAAAUGAUUUGAUUUGGAACUUACUUCUGAAUCCUGAACCUAUUCAAUCGGUUCUUCAAAAUGUUUGAUUCUGGUUACAAGUCUCAGUAUAUUGGCGGUCAAAGGGAGAAAUUCGUUAGGUUGGACGAUUUAGAUUCUACAUUGUCAGCGUCAGCAUCAGCUGUUAGGAUGAAGAGAACCAGAUUUAAUAUAGAGGGCUUGCCUUUCACUUCUCGUUCGAGAAAGAAUGCAGCAAAAUCCUUCAGGUUCGAAAUGAAGAAAGGGUCAGAUGGACUGAAAACCAUAGGUAGAUCAUUAAAGACUGGUGUCACUAAGAUGGUUUUCCCAGAAGAUCUUAAAGUUUCUGAGAAAAUGAUAUUUGAUCCUCAAGACAAGUCUCUCCUGUUUUGGAAUAGACUGUUGGUCAUUUCAUGCAUUUUUGCAGUUUCUAUUGAUCCUUUGUUUUUCUAUCUUCCUGUCUUCAAUCAUAAAUCAAAUUGCCUUGGUAUGGAUACAAGUCUAUCAACCACAACAACUACUCUGCGGACAAUAAUGGAUUCAUUCUACCUCGUUCGCAUGUUUUUUCAAUUCCGAACAGCUUUUAUAGCACCAUCUUCUAGAGUUUUUGGAAGAGGUGAACUUGUAAUUGAUUCUAAAGAGAUAGCUAAUCGGUAUCUUCAUCGUUAUUUCUUUGUUGAUUUGUUAGCUGUCCUACCCUUACCUCAGUUUGUGGUAUGGAGAUAUAUUACGAAAUCAGAUGGUUCCAAUGUAUUGUCUACAAAACAGGCAUUGCUAAAAAUUGUGUGCUUUCAGUUCUUUCCAAGAUUUAUUCGAUUGAUUCCUUUAACUUCAGAUCUUAAAAAGUCAGCUGGUGCUUUUGCUGAAAGUGCUUGGGCUGGUGCUGCUUACUAUUUGCUAUGGUUUUUCCUUUCUGGUCAAAUCACAGGGGCUAUUUGGUACUUACUAGCUGUGGAACGUAAUGACACAUGCUGGAGAGAUGCUUGUUCUAGAACAGGAACAUGUAAGAUAGAAUAUUUGUACUGUGACAAUAAGCAUGUGGAAGGCUAUAGACAAUGGCAAAAAAUAAGUAAGGAUGUUCUUAAUAGCCACUGCUCUGUGUUCGAUGAUGAUUCAUCUUUUAAUUACGGCAUCUAUACACAAGCUAUAUCGUCUCGAAUUGUUGAAUCCAGGGCUUUUUUCUCCAAAUUUUUUUAUUGUUUGUGGUGGGGAGUGCAAAAUUUGAGUACACUUGGUCAAGGGCUUCAAACAAGUACCUAUCCUUUAGAGGUUCUCUUUUCCAUAGCUAUAGGCAUUGCUGGCCUCACCCUUUUUGCGCUUCUAAUUGGAAAUAUACAGACAAACCUUCAGUCCAUGACAAUUCGUCUUGAAGAAAUGAGGAUCAAAAGGCGCGACUCUGAGCAGUGGAUGCAUCACCGCUUGCUUCCACAAGAUCUUAGGGAAAGAGUUCGACGCUAUAAUCAAUACAAGUGGUUGGAGACUCGAGGUGUAGAUGAGGAAAGCAUAGUCCAUAGUCUACCCAAAGAUCUCAGGAGGGACAUCAAACGACAUCUUUGUUUGAAUUUGGUGAGACGGGUUCCUCUUUUUGCCAAUAUGGAUGAGCGGUUACUUGAUGCCAUUUGCGAGCGUUUAAAGCCAAGUUUAUACACUGAACAUACGUAUAUAGUCCGAGAAGGUGAUCCAGUUGAUGAGAUGCUAUUCAUCAUCCGAGGCAGGUUAGAAAGUGUGACUACAGAUGGUGGAAGGAGUGGAUUUUUCAACAGAGGUUUUUUAAAAGAAGGUGAUUUCUGCGGAGAAGAGCUUUUAACAUGGGCCCUGGACCCGAAAGCUGGUUCGAGUUUGCCAUCUUCUACACGAACUGUGAAUACUUUAACUGAGGUGGAGGCUUUUGCCUUGGAGGCAGAGGAGUUGAAGUUUGUUGCCAGUCAAUUUAGACGUCUUCAUAGCAGACAGGUUCAGCAUACAUUUCGUUUCUACUCCCAGCAGUGGAGAACGUGGGCUGCCAUUUUUAUCCAAGCUGCGUGGCGGCGGCAUUCGAGGAGAAAAUUGGCAGAGCAACGGCGUAAAGAAGAGGAGGAAGAAGAUGAAGAAGAGUUUGGUUAUAGUAAGGAAGAAGAUAGGAAGGCUUUACUUGCUAGAGUUAGUAGCACAUCGAGGCUUCAUGCCACUUUUUUCGCUUCCCGUUUUGCAGCAAAUGCUCUUCGUGGUCAUAGGCUUCGCGAUGCAAGUAGCACCAGUAAUAUAAUUCUGAGGAAGCCUUCUGAACCUGACUUCUCGAUUUAUGAUGCUAAUUGAAUUUGAUUUUGUGUUUAUUUUAAUGAUUAAAACCAUUAAGUUGACGUUGUUAGCUCUUUCUGUACAGAUUGCAUAUCAUUGAAACUGUCCAAAUUGUAUUAGUAUGUGCUGGUUGGCAAUUUUCUCAUUGCAGUUUCAUGUAAAUAUGCCAAAAGGAUUUGGUUAUAUAGUAAAUACUUACAUGUUGAUCCAUAUUGAUUGGUGAUUAUAGGAGAUCGAAUAGAUUACAAGUUUAAUGAGAUAUUCCAUAGACAUUAUUAGAGUCUCAUGGAAUAUCAUACAUAUAAGUGUUUUCUGUUGGAAAGAAAUCCUUUUCCUUUUAAUUUUUUUAUUCUUAAAAAUAAAGGUAUGAUUUUCCAAACCCUCCAGCUCUCUCCUGUCUCAUUUGAUUUUCUUCCUAUUGAAUGUAGUUUUUGUAGGAAGUCCAAUGCAAAUCUUCUGAAUCUUCCUGUUUCCUGAAAUCCUUUCCCUGAGUUCAUGAGUAUUUCCGAGCAUAUCAGAUCAGCUAUCAUUGAUCUCUUUAUCA